AUGACAAAAACAAAGAAGCGAUCCGUUGAUAGUUCAAAUGUUCUCUGUUCUCGUGAUGUGUCGAAAAUACGCAAAUUAAUGCGAGAAAAUAUUGAUGAAGAAAAAUUAGUUGUUUCGAAAUCCCUAACCGAUGACGCUGCAAUUAUAGAGUCAGAGUCUGAUAAUGAGGAAUCUGAGGAAGAAGGAUUCCAACUAAAUCUUCCUGAUUUCGAUUCAUGUGGUGGUGACGUUUUGGAAGAUGAUGAAGAUUGGAAGAAGUUUUUCAAAUCGACCAGCGAAAACAAGGAACUAGUGACAGAACUUAAAAAAAAUUUGGCUGAAUCAAAGUUGAAGAUUUCUGAAGAUAUGUCUCAGUACACUGGUAGUAUUAUUGGUGAUUUAGAUGAAGUAAGAGGAUUCGAAAGUUUAAAUGAACUUCCUGAAGAACUACGGGAUCAUUUAAAUCUUUUAAUUGAUGUACUUAGAAGUUACAGAAGUGGACCAUUACCAAAAACAAUCAAAAUGUUACCACAUUUAGAUGGAUGGGAUAGUUUGUUAGAGAUGUUAAAACCAUUAGAAUGGUCAGUUCAUGUAUAUCCACGUAUUGUUAAAGUGUUUGCAUCUAAAGGUCAUGAACCAGCAAAUCACUUUUUUGAAUCUUAUCUAUUACCCAAAGUGAAACAAGAUAUUGAAGAAAACAAACGUUUAUGUGUUCAUUUAUAUGAAGCAUUAAUUGCAUCUAUGUUUCGACCAGAAGAGUUUGUUUCUGGUGUUUAUCUACCUUGGGUUCAGUCGGAGAUGUCCAAAACUGAGGGUGUAAUCCUAUCCAAUCUAAUUAAAAGAGCGACAUUAAAAUCACGUUUUGCUGCAGUCGCUCUUGCUCUUACAUUAGAAGAGGAUUUCAGCAUUCCUCGAUCAAUGGUUAUUGAGACAUUUUUAACUAAAAAGUAUCACUUACCAGAAGCCGCUGUCCAAAGAAUUAUCGAUUAUUUCAUUAGUUUUGAUAAAGAUUGCACUGUUUACUUCACCGAUGAAAAGCGUAUGCCGCUGACUUGGUUCAAAAGUUUAUUGGUAUUUUUGGAGUUUUAUAGGCAUUGUGUUAACCCGUCUCAACGUGAAAAGUUACUUAAAUUAUGUCGCCGUCAUGAACAUCCACAAAUAACACCAGAAAUUAGAAGUUUCCUGGGAACUAUUUCACCUAACUAA